UGGGCCCUAAUGCAUGGGCCUCGUUCUUGAUUCGGCCCAUUCCGUCUAUAUUAGAUCGGCGGUAGGGUUUAGCUCCACUGCAUCUUCUUCUUCUUCUUCUCAACUCGGCCGGCUGCUUCUUCUCUCUCCUCCCGCUCGAGCUCUCAAGCUGUAAUGGCGUUUGUGAAGGCUCAGAAGUCGAAGGCCUACUUCAAGAGGUACCAGGUCAAGUUCAAGAGAAGAAGAGAAGGGAAGACCGACUAUAGGGCGAGAAUUCGCCUCAUUAACCAGGACAAGAACAAGUACAACACCCCGAAGUACCGCUUCGUGGUUCGAUUCACCAACAAGGAUAUUGUUGCACAAAUAGUGUCCGCCACCAUUGCUGGUGAUAUUGUCCUUGCUGCAGCCUACGCCCAUGAGCUGCCUCGUUAUGGGCUUGAGGUUGGUCUCACCAACUAUGCUGCUGCUUACUGCACUGGCCUUCUCUUGGCUCGCCGUGUGUUGAAGACGCUUGAGAUGGACGGUGAAUAUGAAGGCAAUGUGGAGGCAACUGGGGAGGAUUACUCUGUUGAACCUGCUGGGGAAAGAAGGCCCUUCCGUGCCCUUCUUGAUGUUGGCCUUGUCAGAACCACAACUGGCAACCGUGUCUUUGCUACACUUAAGGGGGCAUUGGAUGGUGGUCUUGAUAUUCCUCACAGUGACAAGAGGUUCGCUGGGUUCUCUAAGGAUAGCAAGCAGCUUGAUGUGGAUGUUCAUCGCAAGUAUAUUUAUGGUGGCCAUGUUGCUGCAUACAUGAGCACCUUGAUGGAGGACGAACCCGAAAAGUAUCAGUCCCACUUCAGUGAAUACAUCAAGAGAGGUAUUGAGCCUGAUAACAUUGAGGCAAUGUACAAGAAGGUUCAUGCUGCCAUUCGUGCUGACCCCACAUUGAAGAAAUCCGAGAAGCAACUGCCCAAGGAACACAAGAGGUACAACCUCAAGAAGCUUACGUAUGAGGAGAGGAAGGCUCGUCUGAUCGAGCGUCUGAAUGCUCUCAAUUCAGCUGCUGGCGACGAAGAUGAAGAUGACGAGUGAAAGCUCAGCAGCCUUUGAGCCAUACAGAAGCAGCUUGUAGUUUUUUUUUUUUUAAUUAUUAUCUAUAUACUGUCUUGAGCUUCUUUUUUAUUUUAUUUUUUGGCUGAUAGAGUCAUGAGGGAAUUUUUGAUCAUCUUCUGUCACAUUUGCAUCCCAAAAAUCUCGGAGUUUUUAGCUUGGUAUGGACUGGAGUUUCAGGUUUUAACUUGGCUCGUCUUGAA